AUGUCUUCGCAGCUAAAGGGAAAGCACAUUGUCGUCAUCGGAGCUGGCGUCAUUGGUUUGCAGACGGCAAUCACGCUGCUUGAAGCCGGCGCCGCAGUCACCAUCAUCGCGAAGCACGUGCCCGGCGACAAGGCAAAGGACUACACCUCGCCUUGGGCGGGUGCGCAAUGGCGAACACACGCCACGGCAGAAGACAAGGAGAUCCAGGAAUGGGACAUAGAGAGCUACAACACCUGGCUCGACAUGGUCGAGAAAGAAAAGAGCCAGCCAUCCUCGGCCCCAAAGUCCGGUCUUGAGAAAUACCACAGCAUCUUCUACUGGACCGCCGCAGACUCGGAAAUCCCCUCCGGCCCCAGCAGCGCCUGGUGGGCCCCCCACAUGCGCAACUUCCGCCAACUGCCGCCCUCCGAGCUGCCCGCCGGCGUCCACGCCGGCGCCACCUACGACUCCCUCACCAUCGACCCGGACUUCUACCUGCCGUACCUGCUCUCGCGCGCCCGCACCCUCGGCGCCGCGCUCAUCCAGGCCGCACUCCCCACGACACCAACAACCACCACCACCCCCACCAACAACCUCCCCCACGCCCUCACCACCGCCGCCCGCCUCCUCCCCGCCUUCCACCCGGCCCUCCCCCAAAUCUCCGCCUUCGUCCUCGCCACCGGCAUCGCCUCCGCCCGCCUCGUCCCGGACCCAGCCGUCCACCCCAUCCGCGGCCAGACGGUCCUCGUGCGCGGGCUGCCGCGCGCCCUCACCACCGUGUGGCGGCCCGACGGCAGCCUGUCGUACGUCAUCCCGCGCGCGACGAGCGGCGCGACGGUGCUGGGCGGCACGAAGCAGGCGGGCGACUGGCGGGCGGACGCGGACGCGGCGACGACGGCCGAGGUGGUGGGGCGGUGUGGGGGGUUGGCGCCGGAGUUGCUUGUGGGGGAGGUGAUGCCGGUGCCGCUGGGGGAAGAGGGGGGGAAGAAGGGGGAGGGGAAGGGGGAGGGGAAUGGGGGUGCGCGUGGUUUCGAGGUUUUGGGCGUGAAUGUGGGGUUUAGGCCGGGGAGGACGGGCGGGCCGAGGGUCGAGGUCGAGGUGGUGGAGCUGGACGAGGGGUUGGGCCCGGUGCCGUGCUGUCAUGAGUAUGGGCAUGCUGGGGCGGGGUAUCAGAAUUCGUUUGGGAGCGCGAGGAAGGUGGUGAGGCUGUUGGAGGGGUAUUUCGGUCAGGAACGGGGGCGCCCGGUGGCUGGUGGUGGGAAGGCGAGGUUGUGA